GCGCACCGGGCCUCCGCCAUGGCGACUGUGCUGUCCAGGGCGCUCAAGCUCCCGGGGAAGAAAAGUCCAGAUCUAGGGGAGUAUGACCCCCUCACACAGGCCGACAGUGACGAGAGUGAGGAUGACCUGGUGCUCAACUUGCAGCAGAAGAAUGGGGGCGUCAAAAACGGGAAGAGCCCUCUGGGAGAAGUGCCAGAGCCUGACUCAGAUGCCGAGGCUGUGGGGGCUGCGAAGCCACAUCUUUCAGAGGUCACCACAGAGGGGUAUCCCUCAGAACCUCUUGGGGGCCUGGAGCAGAAGGCAACCUCUUCCAUUGUGUCCUAUGUGCGCACAUCUGUCUUCCUGCUAACUUUGGUCAUCUCCAUGAUCCUGGUGCUCGUAUGUGCUUUCCUGAUUCCCUGUCCCCCCAGAGAUCUGCACAGCACUUGGAGCCGCCACCUGGGUUCCCAGCGAGGUGGGGACCUAUCUCCAUUGGAAUUGGCCGAUGUGAAUGGAGAUGGCCUGCGUGAUGUACUUCUCUCCUUUGUAACUUCAAGGAAUGGGAGUGCCAUUGGUGUCUCAAGGCCAGCUGCUAUCCUUGUGUGCCUUUCAGGGAUGAAUGGCAGCACACUCUGGUUGAGUCCCCUCCCUGAGGAGGCCCGAGAUAUUACAUGUUUGGAUCUGAUGCCAGGAAGCGUGGCUGAAACCAUCUGCCUUGUGUCAGGGACACAUAAGAUGUUAAGUGCAUUCAAUGCGACGUCAGGGAAAGCUAUUUGGACAUUAAACCCAGGCUACUUAUCCAAUGGUACCCUGGCUGCCCCAGGGGUGGUGCUGCCAGACUUGGAUGAAGAUGGCGUUAGAGAUCUUGUGGUCCUGGCCAUUGGGGGAUUGCAGGCAGAUCUGUGCUUUCUGCUGGUGUCUGGCCGGACAGGGAGUCCGUUGGGCCGACCCGUGAAGUACAACGUCAUGGGUGUGGGGGAUCUGAUUGGUCCUCAAGUUUACGUCACCACAAACGGGGCUGUCUAUAUCCUCUUUGGCUUUGGAAAUAUCCAAGCUGUCGCCCUGCGAGACAUUUUUGUUCAGGCCCAAAAUCGAGACAGCUUACCACCUUCUCUGCAGAUAGAAGAGCCAGAAUGGGAGAAGCGAAGAUCCAUCAACCUGUCUGAGUUCAUUGACAUUUACAGUGAUGGUGUCCAGCUCCUGCAGAUGGUGAAGGCACCUGAUUCCAACUGCAGCAACCUCCUGAUUACAGCCAGACAAGGCCUUAUCCUGCUGCAUGGGCAGAAUCUGACACCUUCCUGGACACUGAGCUUGCAAGGCCUGAACAGCCAGCCUACUCCUGGGUAUUUCACCGAUGAUCAGACGUUAGACUUCCUUCUACAGAUACAGGACGGAGUUGGGAUGAAAAAGAUGAUGGUGGUGGACGGGGACUCAGGCUCCGUUACCUGGAGCUACCACGCUCCCUGCCUCAUGAAGGAAACGCCAACCACUUCAGCCGUUACUUCGGACCAGAAGUCUGUCUUCCUCUUCUGGGCCGAGGGGCUGUCAGCUGUGUCUCCAAGUUCCGACGCCGUCCCCGGGAGCGAGCCACUGGGCCUUCACCACCUCUACCUCCUGCACCCCGCAUUUCCCUCUAUUCUCCUCGAUCUGGCCAACGCCACGGGCACAGUGACGGCCUCAGAGGUUGGAAUUAACGACCUCUGGAAAGAUGCCUUUUAUGUUACCAGGACAACAGGGCCCAGCUGGGAAGGCCACCCAGCACCCCUGGUGGUCAGCAAGCUCAGUCUGCGGUGGGCACUGAUGGAAGGCCAGGUGGUCCAAGUUGAGGAUACCGCCCCCAAAAUUGGCCGUGGGGAGCUGCGAAGAUUCCUCUCUAGGAUAAAGUUUGUUGAUCUUUCCCACCAGAUCUAGUCUGAUGGAAUCUUCAGUUUCAGAAGAAGUGAGCAGGGUGGUACUGUCUCUCUCCUGUCAGCGCCGAGUCAGUUCUUUGGAGAGAAGGAAGACUUCAGCCUCAUCUUGCCACGUCUGCGUGAGGCAAAGCACUUAGGGAGGUGCAUCAGAGUUCUUUGAUGAUGGCGCCAUCCAUCCGGCUGGGGUAUCUGACCUCCGUUUUCAGUCCCUGCAUUAUUUCCCUCUGGGCACUCUGUGGAUAGUUUGGAAAUGUGAAUCUUCCGUGUUGUGUUUUGUAUGUCUAAUUUAUGAAGUCUUACUGGGAGAUUCCAGUGACGUUCCUCCCCAGAACAUUUUGUUUUGCAUUAUGCCACGAGUGUGUAUGUAUUAGUAUUGUGAGGAAAUAUUUUUUUUAAGUCUGUUUUAAGCUCCAGGGACCCCGUUUCUUGUCCUUCUGAAAUACAUCUCGUUUGGUCAUCUUGAGACGUCCGGUGCCCUGCCUCUGAUGUUCAGGGCCACUUGUCAUUUCCCUCUGUGUUCUCUCACCACCUGUACCUUGGCUUCUUCCCUACCUUAACAGCAGGGAGAAGACUGGCAGUGGGAGGCUGAGGCAGCCAGCCAGCACUUAUCGUAUGUAGCCUCCUUCCUCACACUUUCCACCUCUAUACACUUAGUUACCGUAACCACCAGCACAUUCCUGUCGGAAGGAGAGCCAGAGUAGUACAGGUGGGGACCCACCUCUAACCAUGGUAUCAUGUGGCCUUGAUUGUUCUGCCCUGCCCGUCAUGACCUUUCCAUGGCAGUAGCCGCGGGAGCGCUCGUGCGUGUGGGCCUUCCGUGCGUGGAGUCAGGAACGACGGAGGCAGGUAGCCUUACCCCUGCCUCGUCUCCACUCUGCUUUCUCGGCAUCUCCUCCCGGGCGUCCUCCUUAGCGCCUCUCACUUGCCCUCUUCUAUUCAGAGAUAUUUUUGCUUUGCUUGCAUGAGAGCAAAGCCAUUUCUGGGUUUUAUUCUUGCUUGAGUCCAGUAUGCAACCAUUUUGCCUGCACAUCUUCUUCCUUAUAGAGCCCUUUGAAGCACUGUAUUUUGGGAAAUUCCCUUGUAAAUAUUAUAUACUUAAGUUCUUUGGAAUUAUUUCCAGUGCUUAUUUCUUCCUUCUUCUAUAAAUAUGUUACUUCUAUUAAAUUCUCUCCUAAACUUCUAGGUCAUUGUUUAUAUAGGAGAAAACCCCACGUUAACUGGCGGGGAACUGCUUUUCUUCUUCAAUAAUUUUGAUAGGUCAUGCCCGAGUGCAACUCAGGUUCUGUCUUUGCUUGAGCCUGUGUCUUUUUAGCUUGUAUUACUAAAGGGAGUCCAGAAACUUUAGAGAUUACAGAAAUCUAGGGAUCCCAGACUUAAAGGGAUGUGUAUUGCUUGCCCACUGGUUGGCAUUAUGACAGAACACAGGUUUGAUAGCACUAGCAGAUAGACCUCCCAGGUCUUUGGACACCCCCUAACCAUAGCCUCUGAAAGCAAAUCUGGUUUCAGUACUUUGGGAAGCAUGUGUGGGACCAGCUGAUUAUAAACUUGGGGGAACAAUUAGAGGAUAACCCAAGAGGAUGGGGAUGAUUCUAGAUUCACUUCUAGGGUUUGAAUCUACUUGGGUAGAAUAGCCUAGGAUCUUCUUUGGCUUAAUAGAGAAUUCUAAGGACUAAUUUAUAGUCAACCAAAUACCUAAAACUUGGGGUGUGGUUCUGUGGCCUAUGCUGUACCAUCUAUGCCUAAAGCUUGUUCUCUUCCACGCUGAGGCUCUCUGGGAAGCCAGCCACUUUAGGGAGAGGAAUAAAAUGCAAGGCCAUUUACUGGGGACCUGCUCUGGGGGGGAUCCUUUUUGGUAGAAGAUUGUGCUUAAUGCAUGUGCUUGAACUAUGUCAGAGGAAGCUAGGAGGAAAGAAUAUUUCCCUAAAUUCUUCAUGUUGUGUUUACAGACCAACUUAACAUAGGUUGUUUUGACUAUAAGUUUGGCUCUCUUUUUGCUAGACACAGGACAAGCUCGCCUCCCUCCUGUAGCCAGUGUAGAGGGUAGAAAUGGUGGCUGAGGAAUGAAGAAGCUCCCUCUGACCAGCGUGGUGCUGGUCUGUCAGAUAUGUGCCUACACUUCCUUCUUCUUAUAGGCAUCCACCCAACCUGACAUCUAAGAUAGGAAGAGCUCCUCCCUUCCCCGACUCCCAACACGGAACGCCAGCAAGGCCAGUGUGACUGCCGCUUAUGGAUCUGCAAAUGCAAGGGCCUUCCUUCUCCCAAGCUUUCCUCCUUGCUAUCCUUACAGCCCCUUACGUCCUUGACAGCAUCCAUCCAUCCUCUAGAUGGUCUGUAUUCCCCCGUGGCAGUGUGGUUUGCUGAUACCAGCCCCCAUGAAUGUGAAUUGCUACUUUUAUUGCCCAUACUACAGAAGAGCCAGCUGGUAUAUUGUCAGGAAGUACUAUUUAAAAUGUGAAUUGUUGCAGAACAAAUAAAUACUAUGUCUAGGAAA